AUGUCCGAUUUUCUGGGGUCACGUAUAUCACUUAUAUCCAAGAGCGAUAUUCGCUACGUUGGCACCCUUCACGAGAUCAAUUCAGACGAGUCCACGGUCUCGCUGGAAAAUGUCCGUUCUUUCGGCACCGAGGGUCGUCGAGGCAGGCCCGAGGACGAGGUUGCUCCGUCUGACCAGGUCUACGAGUACAUUGUCUUCCGCGGUAGCGAUGUGAAGGAUCUUCGCAUCGAGGAGCAUCCCAGCGUCAAGGAGAACAAGCCCCCUCCUGCCAUGCCCGAUGACCCUGCCAUUGUUGGAGCUCGAGCCCGUGGUGGCGCCCCAAACCAACCCGGCCCCCCAGCGGCUGGGAAUUUCCAGCAUCCAUAUCCUCCGAAUAACUUCUACGGCGGACCGCCGCCUCCAGGAUCCUGGGGCUUCCCACCUGGAGGCCCUGGCCCGUGGAACAACCAUCCUCCUCCGGGCGCGGGCCUUCCUCCUGGCCCUGAACCCCAGGACCGACCCAAGGCGGCGACCACUCCUGCAGCAGAGCCCAAGGCUCAGGCUGCGGCUGCCCACCCACCAACUAAUGCGCCUAGCCCGCCCAUCGAAUCCAAGCCGUCAGUCGAGGAAGUCAAGGCUGCAGCCUCGACUUUGGGCACCAAUGGAUCUCUCCCCGGUGCUACGAGCCAGUCCAAGGCAGCUCCAGUCGCUCAGCGGAACAAUAGAGUUACGCCUGUCAUGCCGCUUUCUGGACCAGCCGGCAAGCCCUUCACGCUUCCCACGGCUGGAAUGCCGGGUCAGGCCAACGUCAAGGCCACGGUGACGGCGGCACCGAGUAGCGUCGAAGAUGCCACAAAUGCGGCACGUGCCGCGGUCGCAGCUGCGAUGGCGCAACUGGGCAACAGUGGCGGUAAUGCGAUGGACAACCUGACAAACAAGGUCAACGAGAUGAGGGUUAACGCUAGCAGAGGUGCUCCAGCUGGCCGUGGUCGCGGUCGCGGAGGUCGGCCCGGGGGCCAGAAGGUCGAAGUACCCGAUUCGGACUUUGACUUCGCCCAGUCCAACGCCAAGUUCAACCGGGAGGAAAUCGCCAAGGAAGCUAUUGCAGGAUCUCCUGUGACGGAGCAACCAAACGAGCUCGCCGCACAGGCAGCCGAAGUCGAAGCAUCCAACGGUAACCCAGCUGUCGCGUACAACAAAUCCAAGUCCUUUUUCGACAAUAUUUCUAGCGAGGCCAAGGACAGGGCCGAAAACGGCGGCCACAAGCCUGGCGGCCGAGAAUGGCGCGGCGAAGAGCAGCGGAAGAACAUGGAGACGUUUGGGCAGGGCAGCGUCGACGGCGGGUACCGAAACUAUCGCGGGCGCGGGCGAGGUAACCGUGGCCGCGGAUACGGGCGAGGUCCCCGCGGGGGCAAUCGUCCGCAGUUUCAACCUGCCGCGGCCGACCAAUGA